AUGUUGGGCCGUCCACUUUCUCCUCUUACUUCUUCCACUACCAACAAUGUGACGCGAUCUACGAGCCGUCCGUCUCUAUCACGAAAACGGGCGGCGGCCAGCAAUUUGCCGGUGAUUGAAAAUAGCUCGGAUUUUUCGUCAAGCGAAUUUCUUAGCUCUUGCGGAAGUGCUUGCCGUGGUCGUUUGCUUAUCGGCGGAAAGAAGCGCGAAAAAUUUGAGCCUUUGAUUCUAACAUCACAAGAAGCUCAUGUUGUUUCACAAGUGAUCGCUCGUCUUGAAGAAUCCGAAAAAUAUUACAGAGGAUCUGACGUCAAUGAGUUGAGGGAUAUGGUGAUGCCAGCAGAAUGUGAGUUGGUUGAGGAGAUGAGUGGACGUGUCGUAAUGUUUGUUCCAUUGCACGAAUGUUCCUUACAUGCCUACGCUCAGAAAAAGAGCUUUCAUAUGACGGAAGCUGAUGUUGAACCAAUAUUCAAACAGAUUGUACGUAUUCUUGCGUUCUGUCAUGCAUUGGGAAUAAUUGUGCGCAAUCUGAAACCACGAAAGCUCGUAUUCGAUCAGCAGAAUCGUAUACGUCUUGAAAAUGUUCUGGAUUGCAUCGUUUGCGAUGAUCCGUCGGACGAUCGUAUGGUCGACAAAUAUUGCACCCCUGCGUUUGCUGCACCAGAGGUAGUAAAUCGUGCUCCAAAUUUCUCUGGUAAAGCUUGUGAUGUGUGGAGCCUUGGUAUAUUGCUUUACCUGUUACUGCUUGGUAGAUAUCCAUUUUAUGAUGAGACCCCAGCGGGUGUGUUUUCAAAGAUUCGUGUGGCCAAAGUGGUUCUUCCUCCGGACGUCCAUCUGAGCGCUGGCGCUCGUGCAUUGAUAUUCGGGUUGUUGCGUCGAGAUCCUGAUGAGCGUCCGACCACUGCCGAGUUACGGUCCACUCCAUGGGUUUGUCCCUCCAAAAGUGCCUUGUAG